AUGGUCCGCUCAUAUCUCCGGUGGGGUCCAACCCAAGCAUUUGGCAUUAUAUGCAGCCCAGGGUCGAAUGGAUUAUUUGACGGCAAGCUGGCAUAUGUGCCGGGGCUUGAGGACAUCCUGGUGUGGGAUGUGAAGAAGGCACAACUGCUAUCUAUGUGGCAUGAAAGCGGUCAUCGAGCAGAAGUGACGUGUAUCAUCCGCUCUCCAACUCAGGAUACCUUUGCGGUAGGCUACGCGGAUGGCUCCAUCCGGAUAUGGAAUGCCCGCUCCGGGACGGUUGAGGUUGCACUCAACGGGCACAAACGAGCUGUCACUGCCUUGGCUUAUGACAAAGAAGGCACUCGACUUGCAUCAGGUUCUAUGGAUACGGCCCUGAUCAUUUGGGACGUGGUUGCGGAGACAGGUUUGUUCCGGCUCAGGGGGCACAGGGACCAAAUUACUUCAAUCCGGUUCUUACAGACACCAGUGUCGUUGGAUGAUCCCUCUACUUCAGACGCCGUCACCGUCUCAACAGCCUUCCUUCCUGGCUAUCUUGUCACAACGUCGAAAGACACCUUCUUGAAACUCUGGGACCUAAACACUCAGCACUGUCUGCAGACCACCGUCGCACACCGCGCGGAGAUUUGGGCAAUGGACAUUAACCCUGCAGAAGACAACAUCAUCACUGGAGCUGGAGACGGAGAAAUCAAGGCAUGGAAGAUUGACCGUGCUGCGUUAAGUUUGGGGCUCCGGGAAGGAGAAGAUGGAAAGAUAGCCAAGCUCAUUCUCCCACUCGGCAACCUCCCCAACUCGAACAAUAGCCGUAUUUCACAAAUUGCCUUUCACCGAAGUGAAUCGUAUUUGGCAGUGCAGGACCAGGACAAGGCGGUGGAGGUGUUCAGGAUCAGAAGUGAGGAAGAAGUGAGGAAGAAGAUGGCGAGGAGGAAAAAAAGGGCAAAGGAGAAGAAAAAAGAUAAGGGAAAGGAGGCGGACGGCAACGCUGGAGAGGUGAACAUGGCGAAUGAUCACACACCGGACGAACCGAUUACCCUUGAAGACUUGUACACGAGGCACAUACUUGUUCGCGGGAGUGGGAAGAUAAGAGGAUUCGACUUCGUCCCUGCAGAUGCUAGUUUGAAAGGAGAUGUCCAAAUUUUCUUGUCAUUGGCAUCGAAUGCAGUGGAAGUAUGGACUAUACCGUCACCCGCGAAGCUGAAACUCGACUCCGCGACAGAAGCCACACGUGCGUAUGGAUUGGACCUACCAGGACAUCGCACCGACAUCCGAACGCUCGCGAUAAGCUCUGAUGAUGAGCUCUUGGCAUCUGCAUCGAAUGGUGCGCUAAAAAUCUGGAAUGUCAAAACUCUCGCUUGCAUCCGGACAAUGGAUUGUGGCUACGCAGUAUGUAGCAUUUUCCUCCCUGAUGACCGACAAGUCGCCGUCGGUACGAAAUCUGGCGAGAUCCUGCUGUACGACAUUGCGUCGUCGUCUUUGAUUGAGACGAUUAAAGCUCACGAGGGAACUGUGUGGUCUAUUGAUCUUCGACCGGAUGGGAAGGCACUUGUGAGCGGGAGUGCAGACAAGGAUGUCAAGUUCUGGGAUCUUGAGCCUGUGAACCCGGAAGGCAGUACAUCCAGUUCUCGAGCUCUGGUUACUUUGACGCAUGCAAGGACACUGAAGAUGAGUGAUGACGUCCUGGGAGCAUGCUACAGUCCCAACGGAAAACUUAUUGCUGUGUCUCUCCUCGACUCAACAGUCAAAAUAUUUUACGAAGACAGCUUGAAAUUCUUGCUGUCGCUAUACGGCCACAAGCUCCCGGUCUUAUCAAUGGCGAUCUCAAGUGACUCAAAGCUCAUCGUCACCUGCUCCGCGGACAAGAACAUCAAGAUCUGGGGUCUUGACUUCGGAGAUUGUCACAAGUCCAUCUUUGCGCACGACGAGAGCAUCAUGCAAGUUGGAUUCGAGCCUCGGACUCACAACUUUUGGUCAGUGGGAAAGGACAAGGUAUUGAAGUAUUGGGAUGGAGAUAAGUUCGAGAAUAUCCAGAAGUUUGAGGGACACCAUGCCGAAAUCUGGGCGCUUGCUGUGGCACACAACGGUCAGUUUGUUGUCACUGGAUCCCAUGAUAAGUCUAUUCGAAUAUGGGAAAAGACCGACGAACCGCUUUUCUUGGAAGAAGAGCGGGAGCGAGAACUCGAAGAGAUGUACGAGCGUGGGAUUGCGGACAGUAUGAAUCGCGAGGAUCAGCAGGUCAAUGGCGACACCGAAGUUGCUGGCGCCGAAGCCACUACAGUCAACAAGCAGACUGCUGAAACCCUCAUGGCUGGCGAACGUAUCAUGGAGGCUUUGGACGUCGCUGAUACUGAGCGCGAAUCAUGGGUUCAGUACGAAGCAGCAACGGCAGCGUUGAGCGAAGAGCAGAAGGAAAAAGUACCCCGCCCGACCAAGCACGCACUGCUUGCCGCACUAGGAGAUGUCGAGCCCGCCGCCUAUGUCCUUAGUGUUGUGGAGAAGAUUCAAACUGCUGCCCUAUAUGAUGCGCUUCUUGUCUUGCCGUUUGCCAAGGUCGUGUCUUUGAUGCACUAUCUGGACGAUUGGGCCCAAAGAGAAUGGAAUGUUGCCCUGACGUCUCGGAUACUGGUCUUCCUUCUGAAGCUUCAUCAUCACCAGAUCGUCGCGAACCGCACAAUGCGUACUAUUCUGAUUCCAUUGCGUAUUCACCUUCGCGCAGCUCUGAAGCGGCAGAAGGAGGCCAUCGGGUAUAAUCUUGCUGCCAUGCGGUAUAUCCGCCGACAGGACGAGGCUACGAGAACCGCGGAGUUAUACGAAGAGGGGCUAGAUGACGAGACCAUCAAGGAGCGCAUCGCUGCAGGACAGAAGAGAAAGAGAGUCGGUAUUCGUGCAUGAGCUGCUGUUUCUAUUGUACCCGAAGGUAUGAUAUGGGCUCUAUGGUAAUCGAACGAAUGUGAGGUUUUGCAGUUGCAAUCACUUCUAUUUUGGUCCCCAUAAUGUUGUGUCCCACUCCCGAGGACCGUCUGCUAAGUGCAUCGUUACAUCGUUAAUCACGCCUUCAGAGAGCGGCGCCAGAGCUCGGAACACUGGCUGGCUGACAUCAACGUGCUUCCCUUGACAACCUGCGCAAGUGUCGACCACCCGGCAGCUGACGCACUUCGAGCCAUUGCAUAGCGAUAGGAAACUCAGGCAGGGUGGUUUGUCUAGCCAUCCGUCGAUCGUCAGCGCGCAUAUAUACGAGUUAUCGGUCGGCUGCCAGACUGUCUGAGCCCAACAGCUUGGAUUCAACAGCCCGUCUCCACUGUACCAAGUGACCUUGACGCUCUGUGGUGUACCGAUGGACUUGACGGAAUCGACCAAUGCUUCAAUCGAUAAUCGCGCGUCCAGUACAUUUGUGUGCGUAUCGUUUGCCCACCCCGUAGGAAAUCCUGAGUGGUAAGCAUCUCCAAGCUGGUCUACAGUGGCAUGCCGCUUAGGUGACGAUGUAAGUCUGCGAGAGUGACCUCCAAGAAAGUCGAAAGGAUGGACAGGAAGGGUGUUGCCACUUAAACAAUAUAAGAGGCAUGCCGACGCGAAAAUGGUUGCGAACUGCAUAUUGUUGAAAUGAGGGAAUACUGCUCUUGAAGAAGUUCU